AUUGGAAGGGAAAAAACUAAGAAAAUUGCAUUUUGUCUCCUUUUUGUUUUUCCAAUUCCCCCGUGUAAUAUCAAACCCCACUCCUACUUCAGAUCUCUGUUCUUCCAUAUAUACAGUUUUUUUUUUUUUUUAGAAUUGAAACAGAAAAGGAAAGGAAUAAAGGAGUAGAGAUGGGGCUCAAAAACAGAGUAGAAGAAGAUAAUUGUUCAGUGAAUGAAGCUUUGUUGUUUGUCACCAUCUCCAUCAUUGGUCUGCAAGUAGAUGUACACUUGAAAGAUGGCUCCGUUUACUCUGGAAUCUUCCACACUGCUUCUGUUGAGAAGGAAUAUGGUAUUGUUUUGAAGAAAGCAAAAUUGACUAAACAGGGCAGAUGUGCCACCAAUGUUGCGAAUGGCAGUGUAGUAGAGACGCUUGUAAUCCUUGCUGGUGAUCUUGUUCAAGUUUUUGCGAAGGGAGUCCCACUUCCUCUUGAUGGUUUUGCUGGAAAUAUAGCUUGUGGUAAUGGAGAAGCUGCUUCUGAGAUUCCCCCUUCUUCUGCCAAUUCGCUGAAUGGGACCAAGAAGUUCAAUAAGUCUACCAUGGAUGAAAGAAUAAGUAAUACGAAAAGAAAUUCAGCUCCCAACGAGAAUGGAUUUGCUGAUGGUUUUAUAUCCAUGGGUGCUGGAAAUGAAGAUGAAGGUCAAAAGUUGCUAGAGAAACCUAUGGGAAAUGGAAAAGGAGUUGAAUAUCACAAAAGAGAGGAGACAAACAUCGAGCAGAGAGAAGAUGUUUCUGGUGCCACUGUUGCUAGGAGACAGGUUGGAGAGGAUAGGUCGCAGCCUUCGCAGGAUGAAUUUGGCCAAAAUUUCAAGUUUCAUGUUGACGGGAGUGAGAAGGAAGUUCAAUCCUCGGUUUCAAGCUGCGAGUCUUCUGCUCUCGAUACUCUUAAGCCAGUGGAUGGUGAAAUUGACAAUCAUUGUGAAAGGCCCUCUGCAACAGACAUUCACCAAGAUGCUGUUUGUUCUGGUGUUUCGAUUUCUUCUAAUCCUGCUAUGAAUGUUUCCCCAGAAUCAUGCCAGAGGUCUUUUGCUAAUCCGACUGCCAUACUUCCUCCACAAAAUUCAGAAUUAAAUAAAAACUCCAAGGAAUUUAAGCUCAACCCUGGAGCAAAAAUUUUCUCUCCAUCUUUUGUUACUGCCACAUCAGUGCCUCCUCCAAUGGUACCAACAGUUGCAAAUAUGUCUUACAUACCAAGCAACUCUCCUAUGGUAGCUGUUGCUGGUUCUCAGCCAGAGGUUGGGAUGGGCACUUUUGCACCUCGUUCCUCUGCUCCUAAGUUUGUCUCAUAUGGCAACUUAUCGGCUGCAACUGGUGUCAAUGGUUCUCAAUUUUCUCAACCUAUUGUUGGGCACAUGGGGAAUAGAACCCAGCCACUUCGAUAUGCUAGUCAAUAUCAUCCUGUUCAGGCUGCACCUGCAUAUUUGAACCCAAAUUCACAAGCAGUUAUGUUUGGGCAUAUGGGACAACUGAUUUGUGUGCCUGUUUCUCAUGACUUGGUUCCAAAUGCAGCAGCUAUCUCUCCGGAACCCGCACGUCCUCCAUUGACUCCACAUCACGUCCAAUUUCCGAAACACCAAGGAAGUGCACCAGACCAAGCAUUGCAGCUUUGUGUACCUCAGCCUUUCAUCGCCGGUGGACAGCCGCCAUUGACAGUGCCGAGCCAUAUUCCAUAUUUGCAGCCUCCCUUUCCUGUCAAUCGUCCCAUUCAAAUCCCGGGAUCUAAUGGUCUCUUUAGCACAAAGCUUCCCUGAAAUUUUGUUAUUUUUAGUUUUACCCUUUGUUUUUUUUUUCCUUUGUUCUGUUUGAAGAUAAAUAAAAAUUUUGACCUAUAAAAUUUCAUAUUUUGGGAGCA